UUGUCCACCCAGCCUUUGGGACUUCAUUUCCCAGAAUUCCUCGCCAUUGGCCAAGCUAGCUUUGAAUUCUGGGAGUUGAAGUCCAAAACAACUAGAGGCCCAAGGAAGGCAGCUAGUGAUGUGUUGGGUAAGGAUAAUAGAAGUACUGUGUAUAGAUUGUAGCCCAGGCCUGGGCCAACUGGGUCCCUCCAGGUAUUUUGGACUUACUUGCUUACUUAGGAGCCUGAGGAUGAUGGUCCUCCAAGUCUGAUGUCUUGGUGGUGGGUCCAAGUCUGGUGUCUAGGUGGAUGUGGGGCCUCUUCGAAUUCUGCAGCACUGCUGGUCACAGCUGACCUCCAGAUCCUUUGACCAACCACAAUGAUGGCUGAAGGGGAGCUCCAGAAAGCUCUUCCUAGGUUGGUUCAAGAAGGGAAGCUCCCCUUGCUUCAAGAAGAAAUGGAAAGCAUAGAGGGCCUGAGCCAGGAGGUGCGGAGGAAGCACUUUGGCCGGUCGGGGGACACUUUGCUCCACUACGCCACCCGGCACGGCCACCUCAGCAUCGUCCGGUACUUAGUCGAGACCUUGGGAAUGGACCUUGAGGUGUUCAACAAUGAUUACAAGCGUCCCCUCCACGAAGUGGCUUCCAUGGGACACCGGGACUGUGUCUUGUACCUGCUGAACCGAGGGGCUGCUGUUGACUGCCUGAAGAAAUCAGACUGGACGCCCCUCAUGAUGGCUUGCACAAGGAGGAACCUGGAGGUCAUCCAAGACCUCGUCCAGCAUGGAGCAAACCCCUUGCUGAAAAACAAAGAUGGCUGGAACUGUUUCCACAUUGCUUGCCGAGAAGGGGAUCCCCGGGUGAUCCUGUACUUGCUCGAUGUCUCUCCUGACAUCUGGGAGACAGAAAGCAAGAUCCGAAGGACCCCUCUGCACACAGCAGCGAUGCAUGGAUGCCUGGAAGUUGUGAAAGUACUACUUGAAAGGUGCCACUAUGAACCAGACAGUGCGGACAAAUGUGGAGUUACUCCCUUUAUGGAUGCCGUACAAAACGGUCACCUUGAUAUCGCCCGGCUGCUUCUAGAGAAACAUAAGGCUGAUCACAACAGUAAGGAUGCCCUCGGGGCUCAACCACUGCACCAAGCAGCGGUCACAGCGCAAGACGAUGCCCUUCGGUUCCUUGUUUCUGACCUCGGUGUUGAUGUCAACGCAAGGGCCACUUCCCUACAGCUCACUGCACUUCAUUAUGCAGCCAAGGAAGGGCACGCAAACACCAUCCAGACCCUUCUCUCCCUCGGUGCUGAUGUGAACGCUAAAGAUGGGAAAGAUCGAACAGCCCUGCAUAUGGCGUGCGCUGGGCAGCAUACCUCGUGUGCGCACGUUCUCCUCGAGGCGGGACUGCAAGAUUCGCCAGACUUCUCUGGAACACACGCCUGGCAGGUGGCCAGGAAGCCGAGCCUCCUCCAGCUUUUCGAGAAGACAAGUGUGAGCGCAUGAAAACCUGCAUUUAUGGCAAAGAGAACAGGGAACUUUCUUUCCAGCAUCUCCUAUUUUUGCUGCCAAUUUAUGGGGAAUAUUUAUACUUGCCUAGGGGUCUGCUUCCCUGCAAGUCCUAUCCAUUCCCUGCCUUGAGGAUUGAAAAACCUUUCUGGAGCAAACAUUCAGUCCUGUUGGAAGACUUUUUUGAGUUGGUGAUGGUGUCCACCUUGGGUCUUGUGCCAAAAAAGAGAGGUGGGAAAAUAAAGACAUUUGCUUGUUUGAUAAA